AUGUCCUCGACGAUCAUCACGCAAGGAACCGUCGCCCUCGUAUACCCGACCCAGACAAGCUCGAGCAUUUACGUCGACAUGCUACUACUCAAGAUUUGGCUGAACCUUCUGAAGAAGAGGAGGUUGUAGUACCACGCAAGAGAAUGCGGACGGUCAAAUCGACUGCACAGAAUAUUCGUUUCUAUCCUCCUUCUUGGAGGGACGUUCUAGAGGCCGCGAAGAAGAAAUCGCGCCUGGGUUUACUCACUAGCACAGCGUCGAAGCACAGCGAUUUUCUCCAAACCAAGGCCAUCAAAUAUAUCUUAGAAAUGCUCGAUGAUUUUGGAUCUCAAGGUAUAGGUGUCGACAACGGAUACUGGGAUGAACACAAAUCAGAUAUGGCAGUCUUGCUAUGGGACGAUCGUGCUACUAUGUGUUCUGAGAUGAAAAAGGUUGCGCGUCCAAUUGUUCUAGCUCACUAUGAAAUUCUUCCGCAUGAUAUUGACAACGAGGAUGACUGUGAGCGGGAGGAUGGUAGUUUCCUAUGGGAUGGAGUGGAUGCACUGGGCAGGACCAAUAACCUUGCAAACGAGGCCCUGGGCAGCUUCUGUAUGUCCUAUUUUUACAAGGGCGAGAAUGCACUCACGAAGACAUUUCCAGACUUAUUCGCUGAUGCUGUUCCCGAGGGUGCUGUCGCGCUCGCAGCGACUGCGCAACUGAAAUUCGUGGCCGAGUUAUAUCAACCGAUCUACGACAAUGUCAUCAAGCUCUACAACAAUGUAAAGAAGGACCACUAUCACGCCAAGAAAUGCCGGGCCGCCCGAAAGAAAUGGGCUCGUGCUGCAGGGAUACCUAUUGUAGUACGACGCAAUGAUGAUUUGUUUGGUUUUAAUUAUUGUGCACUUUCUGGCUGUACAGAGAGAACCCUUACUGUGGGCUCCGUGACUCUGUCCAGGGUUGUCCAGGGUUGUCAAGUACACCUCUGGUUUGCUGAUGAUCUAACUGUCCUUAGCCAAGUGGUUACCGCAACAGAGUCAAAAUCUGUUUCUCUUGGAGUUGGUUCGAAACCUACUGACUAUAUUUUUGCGGUGUAUAGAUCCUCGGAGGGUUCUAGCACUGUAGCCAUGCAUAUUUUUACUGUGGCGAGCCCCAGUAGGUUCACAGAUAGAGCAUGCAGUCUCAUUCUCCCAUUUGCGCUGCUCGUCCUUUCGAGUUCCUAUGCCCACCUGCUACUUCGUACGCCAACAUUCCGUCCCUUCAUUGCGAUAUUUUGUGAUAUUCGCACAUGGGCCCGCCAGUUUGCACCGGAUUGUGUGAAGUACCGCUCGACAACGCACAUCCAGAUAUACGAUACAAUCCUAAUUCCCCACUGCCUGAUCACACCAAACUUCGUCUCUGCCACCACCAAAGUUCUCACCACACCCCAAAUAGCCGAGCAUCUGAUCAAGGCUUCACGCGUCGUGCCAUUAACCAUACUGCACCAUUGCGAAAGCAAAAACACAACUCACUGCCACACUAGAAGCAUACAAAGAAGCUCUAUCACGCCGGAUGAGCAAGUGCUAUCACGCACGCAAAACCAAGGACAUUUCGCACUGGCAACCUCGCCGGCAGCGUCACUGGCAGAUACCGAUGCUGUCAAAGCAGCGACAACGGCGAGGACAAAGUAG